CGUGUAGUUCCUGUGACGUCAUAAAUCUACGACGGGAAUACGGAAGCAUGAUGGCGGUGGCUCACCCGAAGCAGGAGAAAGAGGGCGAAGAUUGCUCUCUUCUGCCUUUGGUUCACGAUAUUAUAAAAUGCAUGGAUAAGGAGAGCCAGGAUGUGCACCAGGAGUUGAACAAGCUGAAGGCAAAGAUCCAAGAGGCCCGGGAGCAGAUCUCUGCCAUGCCCGGCAUCGAGAGCAGUCCCGGGGAGCAGCAGCAGCAGCUGGCAACGCUGAGGGAGCAGGUCCGCACCAAGAAUCAGCUGCUGCAGAAAUAUAAGAGCCUCUGUAUGUUUGACGUACCCAAAGCAUCUUGAAGACUGCUUUUACUGGACGAAACGCAAACAUACACGACUCUGCACGGUUCGUCUUCUCAGGUGGAGCACAAGAAGGACGUCUAUUCGGAACUGACAGCGGAUGGAAGUCCAUUGUUUUCAAGGCGAUUGUAUUCUUGUGACUGACUACAUUUCUACUUCCAUUCACUUUGAUUUUUCACAUACAUUUUCUAUUAAAGCUGGAUAUAGCUUACAUUUAUCCAGUGUUUCUUUAGAUUUUCAUCUGGAAUUGUCUUCAGUUUGAAUGCAAGGUAAAUUAGGGAAGUGCAUUGUUGGGACUUUUCUAUACAUCGGCAGCUAAUUCUGUCUUUGCAACGAUAGUCAUGCUUAGCUUUGCCAAGACGCUGUCAAAGAGGUAUUCAUUUCAUACAGUUUGAUGCAGGGGGUUUUCAAACUACAACCAGGCUCGUGCACAUAGAGUAGUUUCAUGCAGGAGUGUCCGCACAUCCUCUUUUUCCAGCGAGGACCUCGUAGUGACAAAUGACUUACCGUACGUACGGAACACAGUAUUUCAUCUCAGCUUCAUAUAGCAGAGAAAGCAUAUUGCUUUAAACUUUGCUCUUUGCUUUUUUCCCCAAUAUUUCAACUUUCUUCUUAAAUAAUCUUCAUAAAUGUUCUUGACUUUUCUCCGAGCAAAUUUUUCAAAAAUCCCAACUUGAUUUUGUUUUCUCAUAUUAUGACUUUAAAAAAUGUUUUUAAACAACAUUUAGACUGCAAUUUUUAAUUUUAAAAAUAUUACGAGUUUAUUCUUGUACAAUUGUGACGUUUCUCAUUAGAAUAUGACUUUUUUUCCUCUUAAUAUUUUGACUUUGUUGUAGGAAAAUGACAGCUUCCCCCCCCCCCAUUUCUUUUUUUUUAAAUUUCUAUUCUAUAAUUUCUAUUCAGCUAUUUCAACUUUCGUCUUGUAAAUUCUCUUCUCGUACUUUAUUCGUCGUUUUAUUUCUCAUGUUAUGACUUCAAAAACAUCUCUUUUUUUCUGAAAUAUGUCAAUGUUAUGCUACCAAGAUGUUACUUUUCUUUAUAUGAUGUUCUCAUAAAAUUCCCAUAAUAUUUUUCCUUUUUUGCUGUUUUUUGAGCUUUCUUGUUCAAUUCGAAUUGUAAUACUGACUUUAUUUCUAUAACGUUUUGUCUUUAUUGUCAUAACCUUUUCUGCAACCACAUUUCCCAAACAUGGACAUUUUAUUUGUUGUGUUGUUUGUUUCUCACAACAUUACAACUUUUUAAAAAUAAGUGGUUGUGUUUGGAAUGAUCUUUUCUCAUAGUAUGACAUUAUUGUCAACACGUUUUUCUUGUGAGAUUACAACUUUUUAGUCUAAUCAUUUUGACUUUAUUCUUGUAAAAUGUCUGCAGAUUGUUUCCAUGUUUGCUGCUGUUUUAUAAUGGACGGUAGUUUUCCAGUUAGAUGAUGUUUGGACCCCCCUGCUUCAGUGAAUGCCUAUCAACAUUAAGAAUAAGAAAUAAGAGGGAGGCAAAGACUAUGAAAGUAAAAGUUUUUAAUUGAUACAAAAAGUCGAGAGGCA